AUGUCUGAAGAAUCGUCGGCCGAUCGAAAUGUCGAAAUAUGGAAGAUAAAGAAACUUAUAAAGAGUUUGGAAAUGGCCAGAGGAAAUGGAACAUCGAUGAUAUCCCUGAUCAUUCCACCUAAGGAUCAAAUCUCGAGAGUAUCAAAGAUGUUGGCUGAUGAAUUUGGUACAGCUUCCAAUAUCAAGUCACGUGUGAAUCGUCUUUCAGUGCUUGGCGCAAUUACUUCUGUACAGCACCGACUCAAGCUGUAUACUAAAGUGCCACCAAACGGCCUAGUUAUAUACUGUGGUACUAUUGUGACAGAAGAAGGUAAAGAGAAGAAAGUGAACAUUGAUUUUGAGCCGUUCAAGCCUAUCAACACAUCUCUUUAUCUCUGCGACAACAAGUUCCACACCGAGGCUCUAACGGCACUGCUGGCUGAUGAUAACAAGUUUGGUUUCAUUGUUAUGGAUGGUAACGGUGCAUUAUUCGGUACCCUUCAAGGAAACACUAGAGAGGUACUCCACAAGUUUACUGUCGAUCUCCCUAAGAAGCACGGUCGCGGUGGUCAGUCAGCGCUGCGUUUCGCUCGUCUCCGUAUGGAGAAACGUCACAAUUACGUCCGUAAGGUUGCCGAGGUAGCCACCCAGCUGUUCAUCAGUGCUGACCGGCCGAACGUUGCUGGCCUCAUCCUUGCGGGUUCUGCUGAUUUUAAGACUGAACUGUCCCAGUCCGAUAUGUUUGAUCCGCGUCUCCAAGCCAAGAUCAUAAAACUGGUGGACGUAUCAUAUGGAGGCGAAAACGGUUUCAAUCAGGCUAUAGAGCUGGCUGCAGAAUCCUUGCAGAAUGUCAAGUUUAUACAGGAGAAGAAACUAAUUGGACGCUACUUUGAUGAGAUCUCACAGGACACAGGAAAGUAUUGCUUCGGUGUCGAUGAUACACUGCGCGCUCUCGAACUCGGAUCCGUCGAGACGUUGAUCUGCUGGGAGAACCUCGACAUACAAAGAUACGUAUUGAAGUCGCAUGCCACCAACCAGGAAACAAUUCUCCACUUGACACCUGAACAAGAGAAGGACAAAUCACAUUUCACCGACAAAGAGAGCGGAGUGGAGCUGGAGCUUGUGGAGUGCCAGCCGCUGUUGGAGUGGCUGGCCAACAACUACAAGUCGUUUGGUGCCACCUUAGAGAUCAUCACGGACAAGAGCCAGGAGGGAAGCCAGUUCGUUCGCGGCUUCGGAGGGAUCGGCGGUCUCCUCCGUUACAAAGUGGACUUCCAAUCGAUGCAGCUCGACGACGAGGAAAUCGACAAUCUAUACGACAUCGACGACUAUUAG